AUGCUUUCCCACUGGCAGUGCGAUCUCAACUUCAUCAUCAAGGCCAUUGCGAUUUGCCAGUGGCACCUGAGCUACUUGGCCAUAUUUUGGAUCUUGCAACCCAUCUUUUUCUACCUGGUGUUCACACCUUUCUGGCCUCUGCCCAUACUCUAUACUGCCUGGCUCGUCCUGGACUGGAAGACGCCUGAGCAAGGUGGCAGGCGCUUCACCUGGGUACAGAACUGGCACGUCUGGACCAAGAUCCGAGACUACUUCCCCAUUACGCUCCUGAAGACCAAGGACCUGAGCCCAGAGCACAACUACAUCAUGGGCGUUCAUCCCCAUGGUAUCCUGACCUUCGGAGCCUUCUGCAACUUUUGCACUGAAGCCACGGGCUUCUCAGCCACCUUCCCGGGCAUCACGGUCCAUCUGGCCACGCUCUCCUGGUUCUUCAAGAUCCCCAUUAUUAGGGAGUAUCUCAUGGCCAAAGGUGUGUGCCCAGUGAGUCAGCCAUCCCUCGACUACCUGCUGUCCCAGAGAGGCCCCGGGAACCUGGUGGGCAUCGUCAUUGGCGGUGUUGGGGAGGCUCUGCAGAGUGUGCCCAACAGGACCUCCCUCAUCAUCAAGAAGCGCAAGGGGUUUGUGCGCACAGCCCUCCAGCAUGGGGCUCACUUGGUCCCCACCUUCACCUUUGGGGAGACUGAGGUCUACCACCAGAUGCUGUUCCCUGAGGGCAGCCGCAUGCACCGAUUCCAGUGCUGGUUUCAUAGCAUCAUGGGUUUCUACUUCUGUGUCUUCUAUGGACGUGGCUUCUUCCAGGACUUCUGGGGACUCCUACCGUUGCCUAAGCCCAUCGUCACCAUUGUCGGAGAGCCUGUGGUUGUCCCCAAGAUGGAGAAUCCGAGCCAAGAGACAGUGGACAAGUACCACAGCCUGUAUAUGGAAGCCCUGCAGAAGUUGUUUGAUGAGUACAAGACCCAAUAUGGGAUCUCAAAGAGCCAGGAGCUGGUGUUCCUUUGA